UCAUGCUCAGUUUUAUUAAAGAUGACAUAAUGCCACAGUGCCUAAGAAACGCAAUACGUGCGGAAGAAAAAUUAUAUUUGACAGUGAGAUUUUUGGCCACAGGCGAAAGUUACCAGUCUUUAUCAUUUGCCUAUCGUAUAUCACCAUCUUACAUAUCAAGAGGCGUUAAAAAUGUUUUGAAGAUAUUAAGAAUAAGGCUGCUGCCCAUGUUGAUGCUACCUUCCACUGAAUCAGAUUUCAGACGUAUUGAAGAAGAAUUUUGGCUUAAAUGUAAUACACCUAAUGGUGUAGGCGCUAUAGAUGGAAAACAUGGUCGCAUAAGGGCACCAGAGAGAAGUGGAUAUCUGCUUUUUAAUUGCAAAGAUUUUUUUCAAUUGUUCUGCUGGCUAUUGUGGACGCAAAUUGUAAAUUCAUUAGCGUUGAUGUCGGCGCUUACGGAAAAUAUUCUGAUAACGGUGUAUUUCAGAAAUCGGCUAUGGGCAAGAAAAUAGCCACAAAGGAGUUUAAUAUACCUCCACCAAAAUGUUUCCCAAGCACCAA